AUGCCUGGCUUGCUGAACCGUGCCACGGGGGCAAACCUGCCUCUCACCGUGUCUGAUGUCACCUCCUAUGUCAGCGGCUAUGCCCUGGGGCUCACGGCCUCCCUCACCUACGGCAACCUGGAGGCUCAACCCUUCCAAGGUCUGUUCGUGUAUCCGAUGGAUGAGCAUACCACCGUGGUUGGUUUUGAGGCAGUCAUUGCUGACCGAGUUGUCACCAUACAAAUCAAAGACAAAGCCAAGCUGGACAGAAGCCACUUGGAUAUCCAGUCUGCCACUGUCACAGGGAACAUUCCACACGAUGGGGUUCCCAUCGCCCCUCAUUCCUGCACACCGGGAAAAGUGGCCUUGGAUGAGGAUCUGGAGCGGAUUCUGUUCGUGGUCAACCUGGGGACCAUUGCUCCCAUGGAGAAUGUAACCAUCUUCAUCAGCACCUCCUCGGAACUCCCCACGCUGCCCAGCGGGGCUGUGAGGGUCCUCCUGCCGGCUAUCUGUGCCCCGACUGUGCCUCAGUUCUGCUCUCACAGCUCCGGCUCCUCCAGACAACAGGCUCAAGGCAAAGACCCACACUGCUAUGGCAUUCAGACUGUGGACUCCUGGAAUGGGCUGUGUCUGGCCACCCUCCUGGAUACAGAGGUGACCAACCCAAUGGAAUAUGAAUUCAACUUUCAACUGGAGAUCCGUGGGCCAUGUCUGCUUGCAGGGGUGGAGAGUCCCACGCAUGAAAUCCGAGCAGACGCCGCCCCCUCUGCACACUCAGCCAAGAGCAUCAUCAUCACCUUGGCCAACAAACAUACCUUUGACCGGCCAGUGGAGAUCCUUCUACACCCUAGUGAGCCCCACAUGCCACACAUCCUGGUGGAGAAAGGGGACAUGACCCUGGAGGAGUUUGAGCAGCACUUGAAGGGGAAAGCGGAUUUCAUCCGGGGGAUGAAGAAGGACAACAGUGCCGAGCGGAAGACAGAAGUCAUCCGGAAGCGUCUCCACAAAGACAUUCCCCACCAUUCGGUCAUCAUGCUCAACUUCUGCCCUGACCUCCAGUCUGUGCAGCCCAACCUGAGAAAGACCCACGGGGAGUUCAUCUUUCUCAUCGACAGGAGCAGCAGCAUGAGCAGGACCAGCAUCCAGUGCGUCAAGGAGGCCAUGUUGGUGGCUCUUAAGAGCCUCAUGCCGGCCUGUCUCUUCAAUGUCAUUGGGUUUGGAUCCACAUUUAAGACCGUCUUUGCUUCCAGUCAGAUCUAUAAUGAGGCGAACUUGGCCAAGGCAUGUGACUGCAUCCAAAGAAUACGGGCUGACAUGGGCGGCACCAACAUCCUCUCCCCUCUCAAGUGGAUCCUGCGGCAGCCAGUACACCAGGGCCACCCAAGGCUACUCUUCCUGAUUACUGAAGGGGCUGUGAGCAACACAGGGAAGGUUCUGGAGCUGGUGCGGAGUCACGCCUUUUCUACCAGGUGCUAUAGUUUUGGGAUUGGACCCAGUGUCUGCUACAGACUGGUGAAAGGACUGGCGUCUGUAUCCAAGGGCAGUGCGGAGUUCCUGACAGAGGGGGAGCGGCUGCAACCAAAGAUGAUCAAAUCCUUGAAGAAGGCCAUGGCGCCGGUGCUGAGUGACGUGACCGUGGAGUGGGUCUUCCCCGAGACCACAGAGGUCCUGAUCUCACCUGUUAGCACCAGCUCCCUCUUCCCUGGGGAACGGCUGAUGGGCUAUGGCAUCGUGUGCGACGCCUCCUUGUACAUUUCCAAUUCCAGUCCCGACAAAAGGCGAAAGUACGGCACGCUGCAAGCUCAGGAGUCCAGCAGCUCUGUUUUCUAUCACUCUCAGGAUGAGGGACUUGGCCCAGGCAGUGGGAACUGUGCCAAAAUCUUCAACCCAGGGCAGACCCAAGAUGCCCAUCCAUGCAAUGGAGACUCCCCCUCCCAUCACGGUCCGGAUGUCUCCCAACGACGGAGGGCAUACAGCACCAACCAGAUCUCUAGCCAGAAGACCAGCCCAAGGCCCACCACAGCCAGCGACCCCACUGGGAUUGCCAGGAGACAUCCACUGCGAAAAGCCAAGGUGCAGGACCUUGCCAAUCAGGGCAGCUCAGAGAGCCCGCGGUGGCAGAUUGAUCUGCAGCCCUUACUCAGCAGUGGCCAUGACCUGAGCCAGGGCCCCAGACUGCACGGCCCAGGGGCCCGCAGGCCCUCCCUACUGCCUCCAGGCUGCCAGCCCUUGCUGCUCUCUGGCCAGGAGCCCCAGGCCUGGAACCCUAUGAAGGAGCUGGACCCAUGUUCUAGCCCUAAGUCUGCCCCUGACAGCCGAAGCUCGGAGGAUCUGGAGCCACCCCACCACCCUUCCAUCUUUGAAACAGAGAUGUCCUCAGACUGGGAGCCCAUGGCUGAGUCGGAGGAGCAAGUCAGUCCCUGCAGGCCUGCCACCCCAGGCCCUGUACAGGGGAAGGCCUUAGUCAAAGGCCUGUGCGACAACCAGCGUCUGCAGUGGGAGGUGAGCUUUGAGCUGGAACCGCCAGCCCUGCAGAGGGAGGACGAGCAGGAUGCCGACAUGUGGAGCAAGACCUUCCACCACCUGGCAGCGCGCGCCAUCAUCCGUGACUUCGAGCAGCUGGCGGAGCGUGAGGACGAGAUCGAGCUGGGGUCCAAUCGCCGGUACCAGGUGAACGCUGUGCACACCAGCAAGGCCUGCAACAUAAUCAGCAAGUACACGGCCUUCGUGCCCGUGGACAUAAACAAGAGGCGGUACCUGCCCUCGGUAGUGAAGUACCCCAACUCCGGUGCCACACUCCGAAUGGUCAGCUUCCGGAACCUGACCCGACAGUGGAAAGGCUCGUCUUCUGGUGUUGGAAGGUCCCAGAUCAUGCUCAGAGAACAUGCCUCGGCUGCAGGAGACAGCAAAUUCCAGACCCUAGCCCUAGAAGAAAGCCCUGCUUCGACCUUCAAUAAGAUCCUGUCCCCCACCCACGAGAAGGACACAGCCGCAGAAGGUCCCCCUCACAACCUGUCCUCCCUGAAGGCCUCUGAGGCUCUCUUUGGAUCCAAAUUGAAUCUCAACAAGCCCAGGCUGCUAACCCGAGCCGCCAAAGGCUUUCUCAGCAAAUCAAUGGCCAAGACCCCAGAGCCAACUCCGGGCAGCCAGAGCUUGGACUACAUACCACUGGUGUCUCUGCAACUGGCCUCAGGAGCCUUUCUGCUCAACCGAGCCUUCUGCGAUGCCAUCCAAAUCCCCAUGGAGAAACUCAAGUGGACCUCACCCUUCAUCGCCCUCCGCAUGUCCCGCACCACCCGCCAGCACGAUUCGAAGAGCCAGAGUCCACAGCACAGCAUCAGUCUGUCCUCUCCGUCCCCACCCGAUGACGACGACGACAACCCCCUGGAGGCCGAAGCUGAAGGCAGCUCAGACCUGGAGCCAGGCCUGCUGUUGGAGCACACGGGAAAGCUGUGGGCCACCGUGGUGGCACUCGCAUGGCUGGAACACAGCUCGGCUUCCUACUUCAUCGAGUGGGAGCUGAUCGCUGCUAAGGCCAGCUCGUGGCUGGAGCAGCAGAAGGUGCCCGAGGGCCGCACGCCGAGCACACUCAAGGCCACUGCCCGCCAGCUGUUUGUGCUCCUGAGACACUGGGAUGAGAACCUGGAGUUCAAUAUGCUCUGUUACAACCCCAAUUAUGUGUAG